GUCACGUGACCCCCGCCCCGUUGCUACCGCCGAAGCAGAAGCGGGGAAGCCUCGGAGAGUCCCAGCCACUGACCAGCCCGGCAGCGGGGGGGAGGCACCGGCACCGGCACCCUUGGCUCCGCCGCCUCCAGCGCAGGGUACCGGCCGGGAGGCUCCCGGGGCGGCAGCUCCCCGCGCCCAGAGACUGUCCGGUUUGGUCAAUACAUGGCAGAGGGGCAUUGCUGGCACAUGAUAGCAUAUAUUACGUUGGUAGAUGUGCAGGUGAACGAGCCCCAGGUGGUGUGGCUGAUGUGCACAUCAGGAAAGUAUUAGUUUGAUGAAAUUUGAUUUUAAAAAAUGUCCAGGAAGAGCACAGACUAUGGAAUGCUGCCGGAGUAUGAGAGGAGCCAGAUCAAAAGGACUCUGGAGCUGGGAACAGUUAUGACAGUGUUCAGUCUCAAGAAGUUUACUCCAGAAAGGAGGACCAUCCAAGUCAUAAUGGAAACCAGGCAGGUGGCCUGGAGCAAGACAGCUGACAAGAUUGAAGGUUUCUUGGAUCUGAGGGAAAUAAAGGAAAUUCGCCCUGGGAAAAAUGCAAAGGAUUUUGAGCGCGGGAAAGCAACACAGAAUAAAGAGCAUUGCUUUACUAUUUUUUAUGGUGCCCAGUUUGUUCUCAACACCUUAAGCUUAGCAGCUGAUUCCAAAGAUGAUGCUGAUAAAUGGCUGUGUGGCUUGAAUAUCUUGCAUCAAGAGGUUAUGAAUGCUUCCACACCUGCAAUCACAGAGAGCUGGCUGAGAAAGCAGAUCUACUCCGUUGACCAGACUAGAAGGAACAGUAUCAGCCUUAGAGAACUGAAGACCAUACUUCCUUUAAUAAAUUUCAAAGUAGGCAGCGUGAAAUACUUGAAGGAUAAAUUUGCGGAAAUAGGAGCUCCCAAGGAAGAACUUAGCUUCGAACAAUUUCACGUGUUCUACAAGAAAAUUAUGUUUGAACAGCAGAAAUCGAUUCUUGAUGAAUUCAAAAAGGAUUCUUCGGUGUUCAUUCUUGGAAAUACUGACCGUCCAGAUGCUUCCGCAGUUCAUUUGCAUGACUUCCAGAGAUUUUUGCUACACGAGCAGCAGGAGUCUUGGGCACAGGAUCUCAGUAAAGUCCGAGAACGAAUGACAAAGUUUAUAGAUGACACUAUGAGAGAAACUACUGAGCCCUUCCUCUUCGUAGAUGAGUUUCUCACUUACCUUUUCUCAAAAGAAAACAGUAUUUGGGAUGAUAAAUAUGAUGCAGUAGAUGCUCAGGAUAUGAAUAACCCUUUGUCCCACUACUGGAUUUCUUCCUCUCACAACACAUACCUCACAGGAGACCAGCUUCGAAGUGAAUCUUCCACAGAAGCUUAUAUCAGGUGCCUUCGAAUGGGAUGCCGAUGUAUUGAGCUGGAUUGCUGGGAUGGUCCUGACGGGAAGCCGAUCAUUUAUCACGGAUGGACAAGGACAACAAAAAUCAAAUUCGAUGAUGUGGUACAGGCAAUCAAGGAUCAUGCAUUUGUCACAUCUGAGUUCCCAGUGAUCCUGUCGAUUGAAGAGCACUGCAGUGUGGAACAGCAGCGCCACAUGGCCAAAGUAUUCAAGGAGUUGUUUGGGAAUCAACUCCUAAUGAAGCCAAUCGAAGUCAGUGCAGAUCAGCUGCCAUCGCCAACCCAGCUGAAAGAAAAAUUCAUCAUCAAGCAUAAAAAAUUGGGACCAAAGGGAGACGUAGAUACGAACCCAGAAGACAAGAAAGAGGAGAAAAAGCAACAAGGAGAACUCUACAUGUGGGAUAUGAUAGAACAGACAUGGACUCGGCACUAUUGUGUUAUAGCAGAUGAAAAGCUCUCAUUCAGUGAUGAUAUAGAAGAGAACACUGAUGACGAUUCAUCAGAGGAGGUGGAACAUACUGAGCUGCACUGCAGCGAGAAAUGGUUCCAUGGGAAAAUGAAAGAGGGGAGAACAACUGCUGAGAGGCUGAUACAGGAAUAUUGUGCUGAAAUGGGUGGCAAGGAUGGAACGUUCCUAGUUAGGGAAAGCGAAACUUUCCCUAAUGAUUACACCCUGUCAUUCUGGAGGUCAGGUAGGGUCCAGCAUUGCCGUAUCCGUUCUAAUAGUGAAGGUGAUACCAUGAAAUAUUACCUGACCGACCACCUCACCUUUGAUAGUAUUUAUGAUCUCGUUCAACACUACAAGGAAGCCCAUUUGCGUUGUGCUGAGUUUGAGCUGCGUCUGACUGAUGCUGUGCCUAACCCCAAACCUCAUGAAACUAAAGACUGGUACUAUCAUAACCUGAGUCGAGGAGAAGCAGAAGACAUGUUGAUGCGAAUUCCUCGAGAUGGAGCGUUUCUGAUUAGAAAGAGAGAUGAGCCCAACUCAUUUGCCAUGACAUUCAGAGCUGAGGGGAAAGUGAAGCACUGCAGAAUUCAACAAGAAGGCCGCCGCUUUUUGCUGGGCACCUCUGCCGAUUUUGAAAGCUUAGUCGAACUGGUGACCUACUACAAAAAGCACAAGUUGUAUAGGAAAAUGAAACUGCGUUACCCUGUGACUGAGGAACUGCUAGAGCGCUACAGCACGGAGAAAGAUAUUAAUGCGCUCUAUGAUGUCAAGAUGUAUGUGGAGCCUAACGAAAUAACCCCAUCAAUGCCUCAGAGAACAGUGAAAGCCAUAUAUGACUAUAAAGCUAAGAGAAGUGAUGAACUGAGCUUCUGCAGAGGGGCCCUAAUUCAUAAUGUCACAAAGGAGACAGGAGGCUGGUGGAAAGGAGACUAUGGAGAAAAAGUCCAACGCUAUUUUCCAUCGAAUUACGUUGAAGACGUGUCAACUGAUAACUUAGCAGACUUUGAAAACCAGAUUAUUGAGGACAACCCCUUAGGAUCUCUGUGUCGUGGCAUACUGGUCCUCAAUACAUACAAAGUCGAGAAAAUGUUGCAAGGGAAGUAUGGCAAGACUUAUGUUUUCAUACUGGAACCCAAGAAUCCAAAAGACCCUCCUGUUGAAUUUGCAACAGAUACGGUGGAAGAGCUGUUUGAAUGGUUCCAAGGCAUCAGGGAAAUCACACAGAAAACUGCAGAAGAGGAGAAUUGGAGGAAGUACUGGGAAAAGAAUCAAUUAAUUGCCAUUGAAUUAUCUGACUUAGUAAUCUACUGCAAACCUACAAGCAAAUCCAAGGACAGUUUAGAAAAUCCUGAUUUCAGAGAAGUCCGUUCUUUUGUGGAAAACAAGGCUGAAAGUGUUGUCAGGCAGAAGCCUGGUGAGCUGUUGAAAUACAACCAAAAGGGACUGACACGGGUCUAUCCUAAAGGACAGAGGGUUGACUCAUCUAACUAUGACCCAUUUCGCCUCUGGUUUUGUGGCGCCCAGAUGGUGUCUCUUAAUUUCCAGACGCCAGAUAAAUACAUGCAAAUAAACCAUGCCUUGUUUUCACUUAAUGGACGGACUGGAUACAUUCUGCAGCCAGAAAGCAUGCGAAAUGAGGACUAUGACCCAAUGCCAAGUGAAUCAAAGAGAAAACUGCAGAUGCUUUUGACAGUUAGGGUUUUAGGUGCUCGCCAUCUGCCUAAACCCGGCAGAAGCAUUGCCUGUCCAUUUGUAGAGGUGGAGAUUUGUGGGGCCAAAUGUGAUAAUAGCAAGUUCAAGACAACAGUUGUGAACGACAAUGGCCUUAACCCAGUUUGGGUACCCUGUCCAGAGCAAGUGAAGUUUGAAAUUUAUGAUCCUAACUUAGCGUUUCUGCGCUUCGUUGUUUAUGAGGAGGAUAUGUUCAGUGACCCCAACUUCUUAGCACAUGCCACUUUUCCCAUCAAAGGAAUCAAAUCAGGUUUUAGGUCAGUACCUCUCAAAAAUGGUUACAGUGAAGAUACAGAGCUGGCUUCCCUUCUGGUUUUCUGUGAAAUGCAGCAAGUUCUGGAAAGCGAAGAGGAGCUUUAUUCAUCGUGUCGGCAGCUUCGGAAGCGCCAAGCAGAACUGAACAACCAGCUCUUCCUGUAUGACACCCACCAGAAUUUAAGGAACCCUAACAGAGAUGCCUUACUAAAAGAAUUCAGUGUGAAUGAGAACCAAUUACAAAUGUACCAAGAGACAUGCAGCAGGAGAUUAAAGGAGAAGAAAGUCAGUAACAGCAAAUUCUACUCCUAGAGAAGCUAUUCCUUUUGGUGCACUUUUAGAAAGCCACUCAGGAAGAGACAUUAAUUUACCCUCAUAGUCAUACUCAAUGAAGAUCUCGUCAGGCUGAAUUUACUAAGAAGAAGAAAGAUGGGUUUCCUUAAUUUUUCUUGUUAUAGGAGGAACUAUUUUCAUUGUUGUUUAAUUUAUCUUCUGUACAAUGCAUACGCACAGUGUAGGCUAGAUUUUCUGCAUAUUCAAGUCAUUAUUUGCAUCCAGUAUCACAAACCUUAGAGUAAGAAGGAAAUUAAGGGUCAGUUUUUCACAGCUACAGGGUGUGCAGACAACUUGCAUGCAUUUGUGCAGGCCUAACUUACCCUUACAAAUACCCAAAGUACAAGUACAAAUCAUCUACAGUAUUUGUGUGCACAGGACACAAGUUAGGCAUUCACAACCAUUUGCACACACGCAUUAAUAAUCUGACUCAUGAUUGAAAGAUAAUGGGAUUAAUUUAUUAAAUGCUGUAAAAGCACUUUUACAAUAUGAUUGUGACAUCAGAUACAGCAGAUUGUAUCCCCCCCCCCCCAAAAUAUUCUGGGCAAUGGAUGGUUAUUUCUUCUAAUAGAUGUUUCUUGUUACAGCUUUUUAAUGCCAGUGAAUGAGUUAAUUUUCUAAAACUAAAUGUACUCAAGAUUGUAGAUGGGUUAUUUGUUGGAUUCUGUGAAAAGCUUUUUUUUUUUUAAAAAAAAGAGAGAGAAAUACAACAUUAUUUUGUGUCGCAUAAAUCAGCUCUGUCAAGGCAGUGCAAGAAAAUAUUUUGUAUACCUAAGGUAGGAGCGAGAAAGAAAAGGUAUUUUAAACUCCAGUUGGAUAAUUUACUUUGGUGUAACAUCGUUUCUCACAUCCUUCCAGCUGCUAAUCUGCAUACAAAUGAAUUUUUAAAAACUGUCCAUCUGUAGUCUUGCAGACCUUCUUACAAGAUAAUGUCAGUCAAUGCUGUUUGGUUUUUUUUAAUGUUGUCUGUUUACCCAAAAUAUAUUUAAUCCAUUACAUAACUGUGCAGAAAUACAGACAGAUUUCAGUCACUAGUAGGAACAUACAAGUUAUAGAUGG